AGAUGGAGCGGGCACUGCUGCAGGGCGAGCGGGAGUCGGAAAUGGUCCGGUUGCAGCAGGAGCAGGAGGUUGUGCAGCAACUGCAGGAGAAGCUCUCCAACCUGGACUCCAGCAUCCGCAAGGAGUGGGACAAGGAAAGGGCAAAGCUUGAUGCUGAAAGGAAGGAGCUAGCGAAACUCCAAGCGCUUUACAAUGAGUCGAAGAGCCAACUUGAUAACUGCCCUGAGUCAAUGCGGGAGCAGUUGCAGGACCAGAUGAGAAGGCUGGGGCCGCGCUGAAUGCUUCGCACCCGGGGCGGAGGAGGCUGGCGCCUGGCACCACCGUAUCGGUAAGC